AAGAUGAUUAAAAAAAAAAAAAAAAAAUGCUGGAAGGCUCUGGUGGCCCGGGAAAACCCGACUAUAAAGGGAGGUUCGGGAGCUCGCUGAGCAUCAGACGCAGGUUCUCCGCUGAAGAAACCUGAAGCUUCCCUCACUCGUCAUCAUGCGAACACUGACACUCCUGCUGGUGGUGGUCGUGGCCCUGACGGCGCUGGUCGUGGUGCAGGCCAUGCCAGAACCCUUCCCCGACCCAAACCCGGAUCCUGAAGCUCUUGCAAAUCCUGAAGCCCUGGCAGACCCUGAUGCCCUCGCAGACGCUGACCCACACUGGAACAGAUAUGGCGGAUAUGGAGGCGGAAGGCGCUAUGGAUAUGGAGGCGGUAGGCGCUACGGGGGCUAUGGAGGAGGUAGGCGCUACGGGGGCUAUGGCCGCGGGCACCAUUGGUAAUCGAAAGCGAGCAUCAGGCUGACGCAGGGGACAAAGAGUGAGCCAAGAGCGCUGUGCACGUCAAUCACAUACAGACUCACGGCAAAAGAAGGAGAGCGACAACAGCUACCAAUACCUCCACCACCACCACCACCACUCCUGACGGUGACCGCUACUGCCUCUUCGCCGCCUCAUCUCCUUCCCUGGCACAUUCAGCCUUCCAUGUUUUCGUGAUGGGAAUUUGACUUAAAUCAGUAUCAAUUUUUGUUAUAAUUCUCACUUCUUCAAAAUUACAAUAAAGUGUCGCAAAUAUUAA